AUAUCACGUGACAGUUUCCGCAUCCGACAACCGGAAGUUGCUUUAAACGUCAAUGAGCAAAAACCGUAUGUUUGUUUUUUCAAAAUAAUAACAAAAAACAAGAUUUGCAGCAAUAAUGGAGUCAAAUAAAGUCGUAAUUCGUUUAAAAAUACGGAGAUAUGACACUUCAGGAUUGCCCGAAAUCACCGAAAAAACGGUGGAAUUUAACACAGACUCGGAAUACAACGCCUUAAAAAAAGAAAUCCAAAAUAUUUGUCAAGUUGGACCUGAAGAUAACAAAGUAAUCAAACUGCGACGUGAUGAUGAAGUUCUUGUGCCAUUGUCUUUUUUACUGGAGUCUUCCGAUCCUGACAAAUACUUCUAUAUAGAUGUUUGCAAAAUCAACUAUGCCAAUAAAGCAACUGCAAGCCUACUCCAAGACGCUUACAUUGACUCUGUCUGCCAGAAGUUGCGAAAUAUGGAGUCCCGGAUUGUCAAAGCCGAGUUGCUUCUACCUCAACUGGAGUGGAGGAGACAGGCGCACAUGGAAGAGACCGUCAGCACGUUAGCAAACCGAGUGUCAUUUUUAAACCGAAGAGUUGAUGAACUCUUACCAGCUCAAUGGAGAUCAAAAAUGCCCCAAACCAUGGCAUAAACACGUCUUCUGUCCGCAAACAAUCUGAUCCAUUUUAAAUGUUAGAAUUUCGACAUUUUAUGCUGUUGGCCUUGUUGCAUGCUAGAUUUAUAAGCAUGUAUCUAUGAAGCGCUGAGUUGCGCUGUCUUUCGUGAAUUGAAUAGGCUGUUUAUGCAGUUCGUAGAUUUAUAAAAAGAAAAUAUAUUUGAAUCUUUUACGUGAUAGAAAUUUGUGUAUCCGUCAAAGUACAAAAUAGAAGUACUGUGUAUGAAACUAGUACUUAGUUUAUGCAUAUAAUAAAGUGAGAACAAUAA